GUGAAGCGAACAACAACAAGAGAUUGAGGAAAACGAAACAUAACAUGUAAUCAGAAACGAUGUUUCACGAAUUUAAAUGAAUUCAACAUUGUUCAUUACUGCAAGAGGAACAAGGCUUUUUCGAAAGUUGGGCAGAUGGACAUAUUUGUGUAUUUGCUUUGAGGAUGCACUGUGUGGACACUGACAAACAUUUGGAGAGCUCGGGGGUCCUCCACAAGCCCCCUGAUGAAGAGUUAUGUGAGGAGGAAAUGGACACAUCAGAAGCAAAGUGGCACUGGUUUUACCUUGCCGAGUGUGGCGUCUGGCAUAUGUUUGAAGAAGUUCCAAGCACAGGUUGUUCUGUCACCAAUGAGCAAAUUGAGCAAAGCUACUGCAAGAAUCAGCAUGCUUCAAUGGACUUCUAUACUGCUAAAUAUACCUAUAAAUUAGACUUUUCUGCUAUGAAACAAGUCAAUGUGACUACUGGAAAAGAAAGGCCAAUCAAAAGGGCAUUGCAAUCAGCUACUGACUUCAGAUUUAUCUGUGAUAACCCAGCCCUUCCUGUACCCAGCCACUGGGAAAGAGUUAAUACAGAGGAACCCUAUCAGCUCAUUGCUCUAUGCAGAGAUACCUUUGAGUAUAAAGAAGUGGCCCGGUUAUAUGAGAGAACCAUGAGCCAGCCCAUCAGAUCCAUUCAGAGAAUACAGAACCUGGACUUGUGGGAGUUUUUCUGCAGGAAAAAAGCCCAGCUGAGAAAGAUAAAACGUGUCGUAAAUGUUGAAGAAAAGAUGCUUUUCCACGGAACUGGCCACAGUAACAUACAGGCUAUAUGCACAUACAACUUUGAUUGGCGUCUCACAGGAAGUCAUGGUGACGUCUAUGGCAAAGGAAGCUAUUUUGCACGUGACGCAAGGUAUUCCAGCAAGUUUUGCCAUUCGACUAGCAAGCAUAACUUUAUCCUACAGAAGCACGGUUUAGCGCCUGCUAUUUUCCAGAGUGACCCACCUUACAAGUGCAUGUUCCUUGCACGGGUUCUAGUUGGGGAAUACACAUUGGGUCACCCCCAGUACUGCAGACCUCCUUCUAAAGACAUGAGCAUUGCCAACUUUUUCGACAGCUGUGUGGAUGACAUGAUGAACCCUAAGAUCUUCGUUAUAUUUGACAGCAACCAGAUCUAUCCGGAAUACCUAAUUGAAUUUUGCUGAUGUCAAAGAUCAAAAGAAAAUCAGCAUAAACAGUUAACAGCGUUUCAUUCUUUCAUUCUGAAGAACUUACUGUACCGUGGAGUUGUGGAAGCUAUAGAGCAGAGUGCUGUAACAGUGCUGAGGCCAGUUACUGCAAAAGUGCCUUUGGUGAAAAACUAUGAAAUAUAUAACUAUGUACUGUGACUAGGGGGCUAAGAAAAAAAAGUAUACAUGGGUAAUAUAUUUAUAGUUUAUAUGGAUUGUAUCAACUUUUAUGUUUUAUUAUUACAUUUAUUUAAAUGUUCCACUGGGAACUGGUUUUUCUCUUUAUCCCAGCCUUUUUUUUUUUUUUUCAUUUGAAAUUUGCUUCCAUACAAGAUGCCAUAACUUGUAUUAUUUACUUUUGUAAUAUCCAGAAAUCAUGCCUUGUAGAAAAACAAAUGUCAGAAAGUGAUUCCAUAAAGACUGGGUACUGAAGUUAUGUUUUUCAAAUUUGCACACGUAACAUUAUUAUUAUUAUUAUUCAUAAUCUACCUCUCCAUAAUUCUACCUCUUGUCAUGUAAUUUCAAAAACAAAGACAAAUCUCUGAUGGCCAGUUGUUAAACAUGCAUUUAAUGGAAGUCUGAUGACGUCUUAAAGUCGCAAUGAAACUGAGUUAGUGACGGAUCUUUUCUUCCGUAUUGUGACAUAUAUCUGAGUGAAACAAAUUAUUGCAAAAAAAAAAAAAAUGUAGGGCAGGGACUUGGUUCUAUCCAUCAGUUGUUGAUUGGAUGGAGGCAGAUCUAUUGCAGUCGAUUGUACAAUCGGAUGAUUAAAGUCUGGCAUACGUCACCAAA